AUCACACUCGCCUCUCGCCUCCCAUCUCCCAUCUCCCAUACCCAACGACAAUUCCUCCAUGUUCGGUGCGCGAGGGCCUGGGUUGGCACGGGCUCAUAGAUCCCCACUGCGGUACGGUUGUUCUGUGCUGCGGACCGCGAAAGAGUCGUGAAGAGUCGCAGGAUAUCAUGCGAUUGGCUAAUUAUAUUUAGCGUCGCUUGGCGGGUGCAGCGCAGGCAGGCAUUGUUUCAUCCCUUCCGAGUGGGAUAUAAACAGGCUGAGGGGCCAUCUCUCCGUUUCCCUCUCUCCGCCCCCAUUUAGCAUCACGUGCUUUUCCUGCUUCACCUCCAUUCCACUCUUCAGCGUCAGGACCUUGGUCAACAAUCUCGUUAAGCGAUAGACCUCAAGAAUCCGUAUAAACAUGGCGUCGAAGCCGCAGACUACCAGGACGUUGGGUGCCACCACCUUCACCAAGGCUAUCAAACCGGGGCCGGUAUUCAACAAUUACGGUGUGGAUGUUAGCAAAAAGUGGGCUCAAGAACGUAUACAAAACGAAGUUACUGCACUACAGUUCAUCGCGGCGAACACGACGAUCCCAGUUCCCAGAUUCCUCGACACGGGGAUCGGGGAAAAUGGCCCGUACCUGACGGUACAGCGUGUCGAUGGCAUCGAGCUCACCAACGUCGCGAAAGAAUGCCGUCAUCAGACUGUAAAUUGCACGGCCUGCCAAGCCAUAGCGAACCAGAAUACCACCACCUUCAUUAAGACCAUAGUGCUCCCGCAGCUCGCCGCGCUCAAAUCCAAUCAGUCUGGGCUCAAUGGAUUGGUCAUCCCCCCCCCUUGGGUGACUGAGGAGGACAGAAGGGCGACUUGGCCGUCGAAGAUGUCUGCAACAGCAGAAUUUGAGUUCUGGCAUGGCGAUCUGGGAGGCCAUAACAUCAUGUGCGAUAGGGACACGUUGCAGGUCAUCUGUCUAUUUGACUGGGAAAAUGCAGGUUACUAUCCUCCGGAAUUUAAACUAUGGUCCGUUGACUGGCCCGGGUUUGAUGCCCUGUUCACAGAUAAGAACAGACUUGCGAAGCUCAUACGCCUCCUCGAGCCGUACUAAGCUUCUCUAUAGCCGUAGAAUGUAUUCAGGUCAGAAUGUAUCUAUAAUGUCAUAAAGAAAGAUAGAUACAUUGCAUUUUCG